AUGGCUUCUCUUUAUUCUCUUAACUCCAUUUGCAAUGCUUCUUCCAGGGGUUUAUCGGCAACCCCUAGUUCCUUUCAAAGUCACAACAAAACACAAAUUUCUGUGAUUAGGAAAAUUAACUAUGAUUAUCAUCCUCGGAUUAUUCAGUGCAGAGCUAAUAAAGAUCAAGAUAUCCAAGAUAAAGACACUGGCAAUUUCAUUGACAGAAGAAAUAUGCUUAUUGGUUUAGGAAGUCUGUAUGGUGCAACAGCAGCUGGGUUGGAUGCCGAACAUGCGGCUAUGGCGGCACCGAUAGGUCCACCUGAUUUAUCAGAAUGUGGUCCGGCGCAUCUCCCGGCUAGUGCGGCACCAAUAAAUUGUUGUCCACCACCAGGCACGAAGAUCAUUGAUUUUCAACUACCAUGUUCUUCCACUCCUCUCAGGGUUCGUCGAGCUGCUCAUUUAGUUGAUGAUGAAUAUGUCGCUAAAUAUACGAAAGCCUACGAACUUAUGAGAGCUCUUCUUGACGAUGAUCCGCGUAGCUUCAAACAGCAAGCCAAUAUCCAUUGUGCAUACUGUGACGGAGCUUAUGAUCAAUCUGUAACCGGUUUCCCUAAAAUGGACAUUUACGUUCAUGGUUCAUGGCUUUUCCUUCCAUUCCAUAGAUACUAUCUUUACUUCCAUGAGAAAAUAUUGGGUAGUUUAAUUGGUGAUCCGACUUUCGCUUUACCAUUCUGGAACUGGGAUACUCCAGCUGGUAUGAAAUUGCCGUCCAUCUUUGCAAAGAAGGGUUCUUCUCUUUAUGACGAAUUUCGUGACGCUAAACAUCAACCGCCAUAUCUACUCGAUCUAAACUACCACCUUAAUGUUGAUCCUAAUCUCCCUGCACAACAACAGUAUACUAAUAAUCUCACUACUAUGUACCGGCAAGUGGUAGGUGCAAAGACAGCAACGCUGUUCCUAGGAUCUCCGUACCGCGCCGGGGAAGCGGAGAAUCCUGGUGCUGGAACAAUUGAGCAUGUUCCGCACGGUCCUGUUCAUAAUUGGGUCGGAGAUAGAACGCAACCUAACCUUGAGGACAUGGGUGACUUUUAUUCUGCAGCGAGGGAUCCAAUCUUCUACGCUCAUCAUUCGAAUUGUGACCGAAUGUGGACUAUAUGGAAAGGUUUAGGAGGGAAACGGAAGGAUUUCACUGAUCCUGAUUUCUUAAAUGCUGCUUUUCUUUUCUAUGAUGAACACAAACAGCUUGUGAGGGUCAAGAUCAGAAAUUGUUUAAAGCAAGAGAAUCUAAGGUAUAAGUAUGAGAAUGUCAAAAUUCCCUGGUUGCACACGAAACCAGUGGCUCCUACCAUGAGGAAAGCCAAAAGGAAAAUAUCGUGGAAGAAGGCAGCGACCGCGACAAAAUUCCCAAUUUUACUUGAUAAGGCAAUACAAGUUUUGGUCAAAAGGCCAAACACAAAAUCAAGAAGCAAAACCGAUAAAGAAGAUAAAGAAGAGAUAUUGGUAAUAAGUGGCAUUGAGCUCCAUAGAGGUGAUCCUAUAAAAUUUGACGUCUUUAUCAAUGAUGAAGACGAAGUCAGUCCUGAGUCAUCUGCAUUUGCUAGUAGUUUUAUUAACGUUACACAAAAACACGGAAGGAAAGAUAAGAAAGUAAUUAAAACUCGUUUGAAAUUAGGAAUAACUGACAUUCUUGAAUAUUUAGAUGCUGAAGAUGAUGAAGAUGUUCUUGUUACUAUAGUACCGAGGACUUCAGGAAAGAAAAAAAAUGGUUGUUUCAUUUGA